CUGUCAGAUGCUUUUUUUAAAAACAUGAAUUAACCUACUUGUGUGUCUGUCAAAGCGAUACAUGAGGUGCUACGCAGCAGAAGAACGUGAAAUGUGUUUAUCAAGCAGAAUAUACUAUUAGUCAGAUACUCCAGUACUCAUUUCUCUUAAUUGUAUUAGGAAGAGGAAGAAAAUUGGUGUGGUUUUAUCCUUCGAGAGAUUGGCCACUUUUGAGGUAUCCAUCAAGAUUAGGCUGUUAGGAAAUGCCAUGCAGCUAAAAGAGGGGCUGGUCAGUCUCUGAAAGAGCCGAGUCAGCUACCCGAGUGCAGCCAAUCCACUCCACCCUCAUUUCACCAAGCAGGAAACUCCCUCCUCUCUUUCCCCAACCGGCCUGACAGGCUUGCCCCAUACCCAGCCGCUGCCAGGACCUGCCUCUUCUCAUUCUACCCACCUCCACUUCUCUCUCAAUAGCUCCACCUGGAUUUCUGCUUUCAUCCUCUGAAUGAAUUUUCCUUUAAUUUUCAGAGAAAACUCCUUCAGGUCCCCAGCAGCAGCAGGUGACAGCGCUGCUGAAAACUGGGACACUUCUGCAAAUAUGUUUAGGUGCUGAACAAUGUUCCAGUUUAACGUGUGUCUAUUUUAUAUCGGGAGUCCAGCAUUUGUCUUGUUUUACCAAAAAGCACACAUUAUAGAUAUAACGAGGGGGAAAAAAAUGUUUGUGUUUAGUUCCAAUGUUCCAGUACAGCUAAUUUUGAACUUUGUAUUCCAGUGCUACCAGUUAGAGAAGUGCUGCUUUCCGGCACCCCCUCUUCCCUGAGACACCCUGGGAGUUGGCUUCCUCUUUUCACCUGGGAAGAAGGAUUCCAGAAACCUGAUAAACUGGAAACAUCAAGAGGCUAAACUAAGGAAAGCUAACCACAAGAAAGCCUUUAUAAAGAAUCAUUACAUUUAAUUGUUUAAAGCAGAAAAAAAGAUGAGUCUCCUCAAAGAGCGUAAACCAAAGAAGCCUCAUUACAUCCCAAGACCGCCAGGAAAGCCAUUUAAGUAUAAGUGCUUUCAGUGCCCCUUUACUUGCAAUGAGAAAUCCCAUCUUUUUAACCAUAUGAAGUAUGGCCUCUGCAAAAACUCCAUUACUUUAGUAUCAGAGCAGGACCGUGUUAUCAAGUGCCCAAAGACUAGUUCCUUGGAGCCCAAGCAGAUCAAUCACCUAGAGCCUACAGUCAAACCCACUUCUUCCAAGUCAGCCACAAACGGACUGUCAAAUCUCGAUUCAAAGCCUCAAUAUGCUUUUCCAAAAGAAGAUGCCAAGGAAAACGUUGAAUUACAAAACCAAACAACGAACACAGCAAUUCAAGGUCAGAAACCUGCAAUCCAGAAGGAAUUAACCCCUGCCAGUACCUCAGCUGAAAGCACCCUUGGCAUGCAGCCUCUUCUGGACAGCAUUGGGAGGCCCUCAGCUUUUGUUCCUGUAGGAGAACACAGAGAUAGCAAAGGCCCAGAAACAAGUGAAGUAUCUGAAAUUCUAUCGCUCUCUAACAAAAGUUCACCUUUUCACACUAAAUCUGCAUUUCAUGCACCAAGUCACCCAUGGAAAGCAGGUUCUCCUUUCCUCCCAGAAUUUCCACAUAAAGUUCCUCCCACAAAAGGCUUCGGUUCCAUUCCACCUUACAUGCAACCGAUGAUCCCAGAGUACUCGCCCCACUUCUAUGAGCAUAGGCUGGCCAUCUAUACACCUUACUUGCUUCCAGGUAAUUCCGAGUGUGAAAGCUCUGCUCUGUCCGUCUACGGCACGCAAGACCAAAGACACUUUCUUCCUCACCCUGGGCCGCUUCCGAAACACAUAAAUCCAUCAGCAUAUGAACACUAUCGACUGUUCCAGCAGUAUCAUUCCACUCCUCCAAUACCAUAUGGAUUUUGUAGGCCCACGGAUCCUCCCUUUUAUCGAUUUUCACACGUUGCCGGUAUCAACAGAGAUCAAAGUUCUCAUCUAAUGGAAGAAACUACUUUGUUAUACCCAGCUUCUUUAAGUCCUUCCCAACAAUAUCCUCUAGGUUCACAUAAAAAACAAGCAGACUAUGAAAAGGAAAUAACAUUACUGCAUGCCAAAAGUCAUUCCAAAGACGACCAAAAUGAAAGAGAGAAUGCUAAAAUGAGCCCUCUUGCAGGAAGUGCAGCAACGGGCUCCCCAGGCAGGCCCAGCCCCACCAACUUCACUCAGACAAGCCAUGCAUGUGAGGGCUUAUUUGACCUCUCCAACAAAUCGUCUUCCACAUCACUUGGAAAGUAUGACCAACCAGAAGAAAACUUUACAGCUUUCAGACCUGUGAGAAAAAGCACUGAUCAACCAGCUCUACUUCCAAGCGUGCCAACACAGCAAGAUAGAGAAGAUUCACCUUCCAGCAUUAAUGUCACUGAUGAAGAUUCAUAUACACCAAGUGAAAGCCACAACAAUGAAGGUUCGCUGUCCAGCACAGAAGACGACACCGGAAUAGCUCCCCUUAAUCUUUCAAAGAAGGCUGACACAAAUACAGGACCUCCUAAUGAACAUGCAUACAAAGCCACGUCCAAAACAGAAAGUCAGAACUUUCUAGAAUUGCAAGAUAUGCCUCUGAACCUCUCGGUAAAAGAUUCCUGUAACACAGUAAGCCUGAAAACAACAUCCCACAGUCCAUCUCAUGAUAACGGUGCUGCUACUUCUCCAAAGACAGAAAAUGAAAACUCAGGAGCAGAAAGCUCAGGAGCAUGUAACCCCAAGAACGCUAUUAACAGUGCCUGUGACAAACCUUUCCUGGCUCACCGUAACGAAGCUCAAGACUUACGCAUCAUUGACAGCUGUGAUGAACAGAAACAGACAGCGGCUGUAGCUCUCUGUCAGCUAGCUGCAUACAGCCCCAGCAAAGUUAGGAUGGACAAUGAAGGGCAGAGUCCUCAGGACUGUAAUACUUUGAGUACAGAAUCUACUCCCAACUCUUCUGAUACUCAGGAUACUCAGUGCAAUCAAAAAGUAAAAGGACAAAAAAGGACAAAUCAAAAAGAAUCAGCAAAAUCACAGCAAAGCACUAAAAGAGUAAGGCCAAAUGACUGUAGCAGAGUCUUCACUUUGAGGAAGAGAACAAGAGUAUCUUAAUACUCCAAUUUGUUUCUAAUCACAGAAAUUAGUUGCCACCUACACAGAAAUUUUCUACAAACCAUCUCUUACUAGAUUUGGUCCAU